UUUGCGCCCAUGGCAGUAGAGCACGGCGGAGUGGUGGCAACGUGGGUUCACGAGGUAUUUUCCAAUCCCCAGCCCUUUUUGCAACUCGGUCAGUCGCCAGAUACGACGUGACUAAAUAUGCCCGCAUGGCGCCGCGCUACGACGAGGGGUAAGGCGUUUGUCGUGGGAGCACCACUACGUGUGGGGCACCACUCGAGUAGCAUAAAAAAUAUGGACUACCUUUUGACGCAUACAUGCCCUACACCUACGUGUUUCGAAUGCGUCGCGGGAACUAGCAUCUUGCCUGCGCAUCGACUUCACCGGAACCAUACUUAGUCCAGACUUGUGCUCACAACCUUAGUCCUCUAUACAUCCUUUACCUCCUCCACCCUUCUCAACCACCCACUCCUACGACCUUCAUCGCUGGCCCGACCCGCACAUUUUUCAUCGCACCGCCCACACACACGCACCGUCAUGUCAAAGGCACCAGGCAAGGUAUUGAACAUUGGCAACAUCAACCCCCACGUCAAGGCAGCCCAGUAUGCCGUGCGUGGUGAACUAGCCGUCAAGUCGGAAGAGUACCGCGCCAAGUUGGCAAAGGGUGAGGGCAGCGACCUGCCCUUUGACACUGUCAUUGCAGCAAACAUUGGCAACCCUCAACAAUUGGAUCAGAAGCCCAUCACAUUCUUCAGGCAGGUCGCCAGUAUACUCGAAAACCCGGGUCUGCUAGAGCAUGAGGAUGUCCUGCUUAACAGCCUUGGAUACAAGUCGGAUGUUGUCGACCGCGCAAGGAAGCUCUUGAAAGAGGUCAAGAGCGUAGGCGCAUACAGCCAAAGCCAGGGUGCUCCCGGCAUCAGACAGAGCGUGGCAGAGUACAUUGAGCGACGAGAUGGCUACCCAGCCAAGUUUGAGGACAUUUACCUCAGCAAUGGCGCUUCUUCUGGUGUAAACACACUCCUCCACACAAUCUGCGCAAAGCCCGAGACUGGCAUCAUGGUCCCCAUCCCACAGUAUCCUCUCUACACCGCUACCCUAUCCGUACUAAACGCCCGCUGCGUACCAUACUACCUCGACGAGGAGCAGGCUUGGGGCACGUCACUCGACUCUAUCCGAACAGCCUAUGACAAGGCAGUCAGCGAGGGCACGGAUGUCAAGGCCAUCUGCGUCAUCAACCCGGGUAACCCUACUGGCGCUUCGCUCCCUGCUGAGGAUAUCAAGGCUGUUCUUCAGUUCGCCGCCGAAAAGGGAGUUGUUGUCAUCGCAGAUGAGGUGUACCAGACCAACGUCUUCAUUGGCGAGUUCAUCUCUUUCAAAAAGGCCCUCCGUGACCUACAAAAGGAGACCCCUGGCAAAUACGACCACUUGGAGCUGGCUUCUCUUCAUUCCAUCUCCAAGGGCAUGGUUGGCGAGUGCGGACACCGCGGAGGAUACUUUGAGCUUGUCGGCUUCGACCCAGAGGUUGCGCAGGAGGUUUACAAGUUCAUCUCCAUUCAGCUGUGCCCGCCGGUGCUCGGCCAGUGCAUCGUUGAGAUGAUGGUCAACCCACCCAAGGAGGGCGAGCCAAGCUAUGCUCUGUACAAGGAAGAGUACGAUGGCAUCUUCAACGGACUGAAGAAGCGCGCGUAUGCGCUGUAUGAAGCUUUCAAGAAGAUGGAGGGAGUGGAGUGCAAUGAGCCUCAGGGCUCCAUGUACCUCUUCCCCACCAUCCACCUCCCGGAGAAGGCUGUUCAGCAGGCCAAGAAGGAGGGUCGGGCUCCAGACGAGUUCUACUGCUUCCGUAUGUUGGACGCGACCGGUGUUUGUGUCGUCGCUGGAACCGGCUUUGGACAAAAGGAGGGAACCUUGCACUUUAGGACAACAUUCCUUGCCCCUGGCACGGACUGGACUGGACGUAUUGUCAAGUUCCACGAGGACUUCAUGAAGGAGUUCAAGUAGUGUGCACGUGAUUUAGGACGACCCCUGGCUGCUCCGUGAAGUAGACUGUAGGAUCCGUCAUAACGAAGUAAACAUGCCAUGAAUGACAAUACUUUGAAUCCCCCAAUGUACUCAUACACAUGCACUUGGCAUUGAUUUGCUGAGCGUCGGCUGGUUGGGGCGGCGUCAGCACCAUUCCUUCCGAAUGACGAGCACAAUAUCGCAACUGCCGUGUCUUGUACCUGAAUG